UUGCUCUUGUCAGACAUGAUAAGUUAGCCUUCGUGGCUUUCCUGUAUGAUACACUGUCAUGUAAGAAUUGCUUGAUUGUUGUCAUUGUUAAACGCUGUAAUUAACAAUUGUGCAGUACAAAUGCAAUUGUAUAGUGUGCGAGGAAUGUUAUAUGUGCAAUAUGUGAUACACAGUUGAAUAACGAUACAGUUUCGAGCUCAUGCUUCGUGAUUGUAAACAUUAACCCACACUCGGCAGGUCUUCCGUUAUGAAUGCUUAUAACAAAAGUACACCGGGUAUAUCAGGAAAUGCCUUCGAUUGCUGGGUUCAAAAGUCUAAUAUGCAUGAUGAUUCCGCCAUCAUAAAAAUGCAACACCAUUAUUGGGUGACAAAGCAGGCUUUGUCACGAAAGUUAGGAAAAAAGGAGGAUGAAUGUAUAAUUGCUUCAGACGCUGAAUUGGAUGCAAAGCUAGAGUUGUUUCGCAGUAUUCAAGAGUCUUGUUCUUACUUACAAAGGGUCAUUGAUAGAUAUCAAGAAAGAUUAUGCAAUUUAGCCCAGGAGGAAAAUGCAAUGGGACGUUUUUUGAAAGAUGCUGGGAAACAAGAUAAAACUCGUGCUGGCAAAAUGAUGUCAGCAGUUGGCAAAUCUUUAUCCUACUCUGGACAGCAAAGACUUGCACUGAGAGCCCCUUUGGGUCGUUUGUAUCAAGAAGUAGAAACAUUUAGGCAAAGAGCUAUUGAAGAUACAUUACAAAAUGUGCAAGCAAUGGAAAAAGCCCGCACAGAAUAUCGAGCUGCCCUAUCAUGGAUGAAAAAGAUUUCCCAAAAUUUAGAUCCAGAUACGUCCAAACAAGUAGAAAGAUUUAAAAAAGUUCAAGCGCGUGUUAAACAGGGCAAAAUAGUAUUCGACCAUCUGGCCCUUGACUGUCUUCAGAAAGUCGACCUAUUAGCGGCAGCAAGAUGUAAUAUGUUCAGCCAUGCCUUAGUUUUAUAUCAAAGUACACUCUUAAAUUUCACAAAGAAAUCUACACAAGCGUAUUCCACAAUAGCAAGCAGCUUCAAAGGCUAUCAACGUUAUGAUUUUACUGUUGUGCGAGAAUUGGCUGAAACCUCGAGUAAAUUAGCACAAGAAACUGGUGGUGACGAUUCAGAGGACAAGGACAAAAUACCAUUUUUUGAUAUGGAUUAUCAUGACGAUGUUGAGGAAGCUCAAGAAGCUGCUGCAAAUCCAGAAAACACAUUGAAAAAAGACGAGAAAGAUGAAAAGCUCUUGGAUCUAGAAAAUGAACCAAAGGACACAUUAAUACAUUUGGAUACGGCUACAAGUUCUUCGAGAAACGGAAUCGUGUAUAAUAGUAAUAAUACAGAAAAUAGUAAAAGUCUGGAAGAAUUUUUUGGAAAUCUCAACUUGGAUCAAGAAGUCUCCAGUAGUGAUAAACAAUUGGUUAACAAAAGCAAGGAAACCGAUCAGUCCGAGUUCAGUAAAAGUUCUGAAGAACAGAAGUUGGUAAUGGAUAUAUUCGGGGAGUGUGACACUGAUUUUAAUUUGACUGAUUUAUCUUCUUUGUCGGAGGCUCAACAGCAAGAAUCUUUAAAUUUAUUGACCUCGGAAAGCGCGGCACUUUUCGACGAAAUCUUAAACGAUAAGCAAGCAUGCGUGAGCAAUGAUUGGGAGGGUAUGUCAAACGAUACUUUUCUGCCGCCAAAUAUCUUGAAACAGAGUCUAGGAGAUGCAGCACGAGGCAUGGGACAGAAAAGUAUGACUAGCACGGAUGACAAAAAAAAGAAUAAGACUGGAAAGCAAAAAGGUAACUCGUGGUUGGACCUGUUCGCAGAAUUGGAUCCAUUGGCUAACAAUCCAAUGGAGAAUCUUUCCAACGCUGAUAGCAACGCUUCUGCUUAAUUCGUAACGUACUUUAAUAGUAUUGCUCUGAUGCUGGUUACUUGAUACUUAUAACAAGUAAAACUGAUUAAGCUAUUAUUUGUUGUCGACGAGUACGAUGGUGCAGCGAGUGCAUAUUCAAUGUUUUCACAUGAUACAUUUGUAUCAGUAUUUACGAACUUGUAAGCUUUUAAAUUUAACAUUCCAUAUUUAUUUUUAAUGAGAUCAUUGUAAGAAUCAAAACUAUAUAUUUGAAUUACAUAAUUUUUCAUAUAAGCUAGAGACGCAUACCAAAGGUAUAAAAUGUAAUAUUUAUUGAACAUUAUGCUAGUCAUAUUUUCUUUCAAAUAUAUUACAAAAUCUUCAAUAUAAAUAAAUUUAUUAUGGAAUUCUUUGUGUAGUUCUAACGAAAAUAUCCAAAAGGUAUGGAAGUAUAUAUCGGAUAAAUGCAUUUGUUUUCUAUUUAUUUCAAGUUCUUUUUUAUGGUUUUAAUUAUCAUCUUAAUUCUUUCUUAUUGCAUACGACAAUUCACAAUGUCUGAAGCCUCUGCUUGUAAACUAAUGUAAAUUAAUACAUAUGAAACAUUUCUCUCGAGAUAAAAUGGAUUACAUACACGCAA